GGUUUUGUUUUGAUUUGCUCAUUAAUGGGCUUAAUUGCAACCAGAAACCAUGUACACCCUUUUGCACGGCUUUUACAAAUACCUGGUGCAAAAAGACGAGUAUUGUGUCCUGAUCCUCGGCCUCGACAACGCCGGAAAAACGACUUACCUGGAGGCGGCAAAAACCAAACUUACGAAAAAUUACACGGGGAUUCACCCCAGCAAAAUAACCACGACCGUGGGCCUAAACAUUGGUAAAAUCGAGAUUGCCGGCAUAAGACUGAACUUCUGGGACUUGGGCGGCCAGAGCGAGCUCCAGUCGCUGUGGGACAAAUAUUACGCAGAGUCGCACGCGAUUAUUUACAUCGUGGACUCGUCGGACAGGGACAGGAUCGACGACUCGAAGGAAACUUUCGAUAAGAUGAUAGCCAAUGAGAACCUGCGUGGCGUUCCGUUGCUCGUUUUGGCAAAUAAGCAGGAUAUCCCUGAGUGCAUGGGAGUGCGGGAGGUUAAGCCCAUAUUUAACAAGAACGCCCAUUUGAUAGGCAAGCGCGACUGCAUGGUGAUGCCCAUCUCUGCCUUGACGGGCGACGGCGUCGACGAGGGCAUUAAGUGGCUGGUGGACUGCAUCAAGCGCAACAGUUUCAUACGACCGGCACGCAACCACGAAGAAAAUUGAUUUUUACGACACUAUUCCUAAUCUGUAAAUCAACAAACCUAAUAAAUAGAUAAAAUAAC